UUCUUAUAACGUAUUGAACCGUCAUACACUUGACACAUUCCCUCUCCUACUCUUCGAUUCAUACUUGACUUAUCGCUGUUUCCACAGGAACGACUUAAGAAAAGGGGGUGAAAACAACGAGGAGAGAGUAGUGAGGCCCGGCUUGAAUCGAAGCGAGUUCCAACUGCAUCACUAGUCACUAGCCAACUGGUUCAUGGUUCACUGGUCGCAUCAUCGGACAAACUUUACCGACUUACCAACAAAGAUCAUCCUCCUCUCUACUCCCUCCGACUCUUUCCAUCAAUACUUCAGAACUUGUUCGCAAUUCUCUGGAGACAAGCCAGAAGUCUCUCAAGCCACUCAUUCGACAUCACUUUCUCACCCCCCACUUCUAUUCGAUCCUUUCUGUAGUCGACAUACGCACCCUCUCACUUCACAUUCACAUUCCCAUUCCUCGACUAUAUUCACAGUCAUUUCUUCUCACCGACUCGUUUUUUCUCUACCAUCUAUAGAGCUCAAGUUCAUCGGGACACGAGUGAUCACCAUAUCAAGAUAGAGGACAUUUGACAUUUGAGACUUUUUGACAUCGUCCAAUCGUCCCAUUUAUAGAAUACAAGACGAUACCACGCUUCUCCCCCCUCUUCUUGUCACACCCCUAGAUCCGUGGGAUAGCCUCGUUGAUCAGUCGUGAAGCUUACCUGAGAUAAGAAAAUCCCAGGUAGACCGAAUGGAGUUGGAAUAUCAAACAUGACCCAUGGUCUUUCUCAACCUCAUACUUCUUUAUCAUACUCCAUUCCCCACUCUCACUCGAAUGACCAUGAUCAAUUACCUGAAAUUCCCCCACAACCUCUCAUCUCUCCCUCAGGCGUCAAACCGUUUCAUUCUUCUUCAGCAGAAGCAGGUCCAAGUAGACCACGUUCGAUCUCUCCUAGGAACCCUACCAAAUGGAUCAAUGAUACCUUUUCAAACACCGGUCCAUCAGAGAAUACCGGAGUUGGAAUGAGGGUACGAGAAAUGAAUGGAGAUCAUGUUGAUGAGAAAACAAAGAUGAACGAUAUGGGAAACCAAGAUGUACCUAUCUCUGGGGAGGGGAACGGAAUAGGAGUUACAGAGACCGAAUCAAGACCUUGGCCAGUAUCGUUAACAAGGAUGGAACCUGAUCCAGCACUUAUCGAACCUGGUCAAGCUUAUUAUAAACUUCAAUUCGGUUUGGAAGAAGAUGGUUUCACUUAUUAUAUUCAGAAAGAGGAUGUGAUGAUUGGUCGAAGGUGUGCUAGACCUGUACAGAAGUUAUCAACACCAUUGGAAUAUGAAUCAGCACCACCUCAACAAAUGGGGGCUGUUGAAGAUUCUGUCAAUAUCAUUCAUGAAUCGGGACUUGGGAUUAAUUUACCCACUUUUGCUGCAGAUGCUAAGGUCAAGGAAGAGUUGGAACAUGUUGUGUCAUCGAACGGAUUAGUAGAAGAUAUACAACAUGGUUUGAAGAUAAAACAAGAACUUUCGCUUCAUACUCCCAUCGACGCUGUUUCCCCAAAAGCAGCCAAUCCGCUGAAUGAAGUUAAGGUCGGCAAUACAUUGCAGAGUGGUCAAGAACCACAAUCACAACCACAGCUCAUCGAAAGCGAACAUCUCCCUGACAUACCUCUAGAAGAAAACUUUGGUCCUCCUCCACCCGCUACCCCAGAUCCGGAGACCAUCCACCAAGUUGACAUUGAUCUAGGACGAGAGAAACGUGUGUCGCGUAAUCACGCCAGACUGUAUUGGUGUCAAGAUCAUGCUCAAUUCUGUAUGGAUGUUUAUGGACGACAGGGCGCUUGGUUUGAUGGCAGGUAUAGGUUCAAAGGGUCACAUGUCCCUCUUGCUCAUGGCGUCACUAUCAACAUGGGAGGUAGACAAUUCCAAUUCCUACUUCCUCCCAGUCCCGACACCCCAGAAUACUUUCCCUCGCCCGCAGACCCGCAUCCUCCUCCACAUUAUUACCCCGAAGCUUAUGACACCCGUCUUUGGGUACCCGGUGCUGGAGUCCCCUUUGGCGCCUUCUCCGCUCCCGACGGUUAUGGUCUGGGUCUACACGGUGAACCUCCUUCGAGUUCUGGUUCCGGUUCGAACUCUGAUUGGGGCUUAUCCACCUCUUCUUCCUCUGAGGAUAGCGGAAGUCAGAGUGGGGAUGAAGAUGAGGAAGGUGAGAGUGAAAUUGAGGACCCACCUGACAAGCCUCCUCCAAAGGUGAAAUUGAGGAUUGCUCGCGCUAAGCUGAAAGACGAUGGGGAUUCACCUGAUGAUGAUCCCAAGUAUCGGAAGCAGAAUGGUGUCAAAGGAAAAGCUAUCGCUGCUGGAACUGGGAAGGGAAAAGGUAAGGGCGGAAAGAAGAUGGAAGAGGAAGAACAGCCAGUAGUUGCUGGGAAAGGAAAGAAAGGCGGCAAGAAGGUUGAAAAGGAAGAAGAAAGAUCAAGUCCGGAGAAGAAACCGGCGGCCAAGAAGCCAGCUAAGAAAGGCAAACUUGCGGAGCUUCAAAAUGCAGCGGCAGAUUCACCUGCUACGACGGAUGGUUCCUCUUCUACCUCUUUACCUCCUCAAGCGAAAAUUGAGGAUACCUUCAAAUCGGUUUCCACAAUUCCUCGUCCACCUCUCCCGUCUGACACUUCUAAUCCAUCCCUUCAACGCGUCAACCCUCGACCCGUGAUUCCUCCACCUGAGAUUCAAAGACCGUUCCUUAUGACUUCACUCCCCGAAACACCCGGUCGACCAGGACAUAUCAUAGUCAACGUCCCUAUCCCUCCUUCUGGUUCUGGACCUCGUCCCGCUCCCGGACCAUUAUAUGGAUUGGAUGGAAAAUACUUCAUCGGUCCUUCACCUAUCAAACCACCCGACACUUACGCCGGUAUAAUCUACAAAGCCCUUUUACAUCUUCCAAGAGGAAGAGGUACAUUAGGUGAAAUCUGCAAUUGGAUAGCUGGUGAAUGGGAAUGGUAUCGUCUCAACGUGGAUACUGAAUGGCAAAAUUCCAUCCGACAUAAUUUAUCUCUCAGUGAUGUUUUCGUUCGUGUACCACGUAUACCUACAGAUGAUCCUGAGAGUAAAGGUAGUGUUUGGAUCAUUGAUGCUAAGAAAGGUCCAGCAUUUGAAGCUCGACAACAGAGGGAUGGAUCAAAAGGUGCUGGUGGAAGCGCUAAUGGAGAUGAUAGGAUCAAAGGUGUUGAUUCAAAGAAACAAAGAGAGAGAAGACAAAUAGAAAUUGAAAAUGAAAGAAAUAGACGUCAAUGGGAAUUACAACAAGCACAAGCACAAGCUCAACGAAAUCGUCAAUCUCAAAUUCAAACUCAAUCACAAUCACAAAAUUCUACAUCUAAUCAAAUUCCUCGAAAACCUGGAUCUAUGCCUACAAGUCAUACAUCUACCGCUCCAGUCAGACCACCACCACCCAGACCUCCGAAACCAACUACAGUCAUGGUUGACGUUCAACCCAUAACACCGGCAUUACGAUCACGUAAUAUGGGUCAAGCUAAAGAUAGUCGUGGACAACCUAUGCCAUUCGUAUUUGACGGUACUACCCUCACUCUUGAUCCAGGUGUUUUCGGACAGAUAGAAGAUAAAGUUUUGAAUCAAUUAAGAGGUUUAGGACCGAAUGUCGCUAUUGGAGUAUUAUCAACAUGGUUAGAUAAUAAAUAUAGAGCUGACGCUGCGAAAGCUCCUCCUCUACCUAAAACAGCAGCGGCGAAACAAAAUCUGAAUUCCACUUUAGCAUCAAGAGUAGCAGCUGUAACUCCUCGUCCACCUCAACGUGUUUUGACUGGAACAGGUAAUAAAGGUCCAGAAAAUAAAAGUUUACAGAGAUUACCAAUUGGUCCAGCUCCACCAGGCGCUAGUGUAGUACAAGUUAUUAAACUUAUUGCGGAUGUUUCACAAGCGAAACAGAAGAUUGAUAUAAUAGGGGAGAACGUGCAUGCUUUAUUCGAAUAUAUCAAGAGGGUAGGAAAGGAUUUAGAUUUAACUGUUGCUGGAAAGAUUUGGCAAACAGGGGAAUUACCUUUGGGUUUUGGAACUUCUACCGGUGCCUCUAAUACGGCUAGAGUGAACUCGACCCAUACCGGUAACUCGAUAGGUGUAAACGAUUCGAAAUCUGUGAACAAGACUUUGAUACCUGCGUCAACUUCUACACCUGGGACUGUUUCUUCCAUCGCCACCACUUCCACUUCCACACAAAUCAGCGCAACCCCCGUUUUAUCAAGCAAAGUCGGAGCAUCAACAAACAUCGCGAAGACCACGGUCCAGACGUCUAAUCCGACACUUCAAACUGUUCGUCCUCCACCUUCAACUCCCCAUGUUGGUCCACCACCCACUUCCACAUCUCAUACCGUCCAACAAUCACACACUCCGACGCCUCUCACCGUCGCUAAGGGUCCGGUCUCGACGACACACGUACUAUCAAAUGGAUCGGACAAAGGCGGAGAUAUAGGUACGACAGUAGUUGGAGAAAAGAGGAAAGCGGAGGAUGAAGUAAAUGGUGAUGCUAAAAAGUCUCGAUUAGGAUUAGAUACAGAUGUUGGGACUUGAUUGUGUCCUUGACAUUCUCCCCUGUCCUUUCUUCAUCCUUGGCUCCCGUCAAUGGUUGAGUCCUUUUCAUGCUUGAAUCACCCCCUUUCCUGAUUACGUAUAAUACGACAGAUCAUCGUCAGGCUAAAGGGUUGAUAUCAUAGAUAAUGACACUUGUACGCUUGAUCGUGUACUUGACUUGCUGUAUGGUAGAUUUUGUAUUUGCCUGUCAUUCUAGGGAUAGAUGAAGAGUUGAUAUGUUGAUGCAUGACGUGCAACAUG